UGCCAAACCUUGUUCCUACCUGGUCCCCCUAAUCUACUUUCUAAGUUUCGCAGCUAUUUGCAUUUGCAUACACCCACAUACCUCAUACUUUAUAUGUGUGUGUGUGUGUGUCUCUCUUUGUACUAAAGAUGUCUCGCUUUCAGCAGCCUUGUGUACUCCGUCGGCCUUUUCCUUUUCUUUUUCCUAUUUCAAACUUACUUAUUAUCUGGGCUUCAACCACUGCUGUUCUUCCUGGUAAGAGUUUCGUUCAAUCUCCAAUUCAGAGCUUUCUUUUCCAUCCAAUAAAGAGAUAAUUGUAAAUUCCCAAUUUCUAACCCACCUGUGUUUUCAUUUUUUUCCUAUUCUCCCCAAACUCACCUUGCGAGGAAAAUAUUUCUACUCCGAGAAAUAUUUUCCACGACUCCAGUGAUUAAACCAUCCACUUUCCUCCAGAGCUAACCCCCAACAUUUUCAUUGUGGUCCUUCGAGCCGGAUUUAUUACUGGAAAUCAUCCCUUCAUCACCAUUUCAUCCAACAUACAUAUCAUCAUCGUCAUCAUAGAAAAAAAGAUUAUCAUGCCCAAGUAUACCAAAGAGACACAAAGGAAGUCAUCCGCGGUUCCCUACAAGAAGGAAAAAUACGAUUGCCGUAUCUGUCACCGGUCUCAUGCCCUACGAUCUUGCCAAAGGUUUUUGGAAAUGAAAAUGGCAGAUCGUUUGGAAGCAGUUCGAAGGCAUAGUUACUGCUUCAACUGUCUGGCUCAUGACCACUUGGUGGUAUCCUGCUCUAGCAGUCACCGGUGUCACCACUGCAAAAAGAGCCAUCAUACCCUCCUCCACGUCGAUCCGAAACUACGGGAUGCCCUUCUUAAGAGCGAUCGGAAGCAAUCGCGUCCCAACACUCCUGAGCGGAAGUCAAAGGAUUCGUGCCCACCGAGGGAUUUUUCGCCAUCACCGUCUUCUAAGCAGAGGACAUCUCUUUCGGCUAUUCUUCGACAGAACAGCAUUGUGUUGCUUCCUACGGUGCUCGUUAAGGUAAAAGGCAAGUCUGAACGAUCCACAGCCCGGUGCCUUCUCGACUCGGGGUCUCCGGUGAGCAGGAUCUCCAAGAGAUUGGUAGAUUCGUUGGCGCUCACGACAUUGAGCCUGAAAGAGGAGACCAUAUGCCCACUUCGCCUGACCUCCAGAUUCGACGAAACGGUAACCAUUGAAGGCACAUUUCGUGUGAGUAACCGCAUUUCAACGGUGACGCCAGCUGAAUCGCUUCCGGAAUCAUUUAAAAGACAUUUCCCCCACUUAUUCUUUGCGGAUUCGAAAUUUUUCAAAUCGGCCCCGGUGGAUAUUGUAAUUGGUGUCGAUCUUUAUCCCAGGGUCAUCGCAGAGGGUGUAUACGCCCAGAAUGGUUUGCCUACGGCACAAAGUACUAUUUUUGGUUGGGUGAUCUAUGGUGUCUGUUCGCACUGAGCGCACUACAGCGUUCUCAUUAUUCUUCGGUAUCAAUGAAUUUAAUCCAAACUGAAUAAAAGAGUUAUGAAAUGCACUGUUGAUUUUUACUUUACUAGCGAAGCACAAGCUCUAUCUUUUAAACAGGUCCAUUGAGCGGUUUGAUUCAUAGAAGGAUGUCCACUACUGACAAGCUUGCCUUUUCCAUGUACCAGCUGGAUCCUGAUGAUGGAGUGAUCCUUUGGCUAUUCUACGGAGCUAUACAACUAUUAUGUCAACAUUUCCUUUCCUUACUAGAGUAAUUAAAUUCAUAACUAGAGUAAUUAGAUUCAUAACGUCCGUUUUCAUAGAGUUUUCAAUUAUAUUCCGUGCGAGUAAUUGUAAGCUGGUGCGAGUACACACAGUUGCAUUUUUCCUUUUUUUUAUUGCAGGUGUACUGCAAGGGGGCCGGUAAUGUUAAUGCCAAACCUUGUUCCUACCUGGUCCCCCUAAUCUACUUUCUAAGUUUCGCAGCUAUUUGCAUUUGCAUACACCCACAUACCUCAUACUUUAUAUGUGUGUGUGUGUGUGUCUCUCUUUGUACUAAAGAUGUCUCGCUUUCAGCAGCCUUGUGUACUCCGUCGGCCUUUUCCUUUUCUUUUUCCUAUUUCAAACUUACUUAUUAUCUGGGCUUCAACCACUGCUGUUCUUCCUGGUAAGAGUUUCGUUCAAUCUCCAAUUCAGAGCUUUCUUUUCCAUCCAAUAAAGAGAUAAUUGUAAAUUCCCAAUUUCUAA